AGCUGAGGAAGGGUGCGUGUGACCAGUGUCCGCUCCGGUCGCCCGGUCAGGAAUGCGCCUCACGAAGCCGCUGUGUGGUGAAAUAUUGCAUGAAACGCCAGCGGCUACUGUGGUCUAAGAAGAGCCAUGCUUUGGCGUCGCUUAUCCCGCCACUAUCUCAGCGUGCUCGUUUGAUUCAUUGAGCUGCUAGCUGUUAGCUGUUAGCUCGCGUCGUCCACAGCACGCUAGGUCGCUAGCUUUAGCUCGUAGCACACCUGCUAACCGGCUAGCUAGCCAGUAAGCUAGUUUCAGAGAGCUGCUGCAUCCAGUCGACCAGGAGGGAACCGGACUCGCUGCUGAACCCCGGGCCGUAUCUCGGGAGGAGGAGGAGGAGGUGGCAGGCGGGGACCGGGAGAAAGAGACAGAGGAAGAUUCAGGAGCGGCUGAUGAGUUCAGAUCAGAGCGGAGAGCCGCCGCAGCUGCAGGAGGAGGAGGAGGAGGAGGCCGGUCCCGGACCAGAGACUGGUGGGAAGGACGAGGCUUCGCUGGGAGGCGAGGGAGGGUCGAGCGGCAUGGUCACCUCUAAGGGCGCCGGGUUGAACCCAAAUGCCAAGGUGUGGCAGGAGAUGCCUGUGGCCCCCAGCGAAGCCGUUACCAACAGCCCUCAUUGGCCCCCCUCAGACAUCAGUGAGGGUUAUUCUGAGCCUUCCUCUGCCGGGUGUAAGCAGUUCACUGUGGGAUUCACAGUCCUGGAUGACAGCAGCCCCACUGAGAUAGCAGAAAAUGGAAUGGACCCUCCUGAGUUGGGCUUUUUCCCUGCCGAGUCCACCACAUGGACCUCAGUGGAUUCCAAAACUGAGGCGCAAUUUAAGAUCUCCUCUGAGAAUCUACGAGAGUCUCUAAAGAAGGAGUUGGAGUUUUAUUUCUCCAGAGAGAACCUCUCAAAGGAUUUGUACUUGAUGUCCCAGAUGGACAGUGACCAGUUUGUCCCUAUUUGGACCAUUGCCAGCAUGGAGGGCAUCAAGGUCCUCACCACUGACAUGGACCUUAUCCUGGAUGUGUUGAAAUCCUCUCCUAUGGUACAAGUUGAUGACAAAGGGGAGAAAGUGCGUCCUAAUCACAAGCGGUGUAUUAUCAUCCUGAGGGAGGUCCCUGAAACCACACCUGUGGAGGAAGUAGAGUCACUGUUCAAAAAUGACAACUGUCCAAAGGUGAUAAGUGUUGAAUUCGCACACAACAACAACUGGUACAUCACAUUCCAAUCGGAUACUGAUGCGCAACAGGCAUACAAGUAUUUAAGAGAGGAAGUGAAAACAUUUCAGGAAAAACCAAUCAUGGCCAGGAUAAAGGCCAUCAACACAUUCUUUGCAAAGAAUGGCUACCGUAGCAUGGACAGCUGCCUGUAUGCUCAGCAGACCCAGACCCAGUACAGCUCUCCGCUCUACGUGCAGCAUGUCUACCCCCAGCAGCAGUACCCAGUCUACGGCAUCGUACCUCCCACCUGGACGCCUUCGCCCACACCAUAUUUUGAAACUCCUCUGGCUCCGUUUCCCAACAGUAGCUUCGUGAAUGGAUUUGGCUCUGCCGGACACUACAAAACUGGCUCCAGUCCUCUAAACAUCACCCGCCCGUUCAACCGAAACCGAAACCAUGUGAAGCCUCAGGUGAGGACAGGUGAGGUGACCUCAGCGUCUAUGACUCCCGUCCCCUUGGAGAGUUUGACUGGACUCCACAGUCCGCAGCCCCCCACUUCUGUCACCAGCAUCCCAGUCCAGACAGCUGACCUGAGCGCCGCAUUCUCACAUCUCUCCUCUGCGGAACCCAAUGAGGACAGUGGCAUGGCUGGACGUGGAAGAUGCAGCACAACCUACAGAGGAACACGGAGAAGGCGAGAGGACGACCGGAUUGCUAGGCCUGCUCCGUUAGCCGAGGUCAAGGUUUCUCCACCCAAGUUUGACUUGGCUGCUACCAAUUUCCCACCUCUUCCUGGCUGCGUGGUCAGUACACAGGGAGAGCCAGUGCUGGAAAACCGAAUGGCCGAUGUUUUACGCGGUUUGUACCGAGACAAGACUGAACAAGCCAAUAAAGAAGCCACCGUGAGUCCAGGUUCAGGACAAUCACCAGUUGCAGAGGAGGCUGUGGCUGUUUCACGUCUUGCCCUGGCAGCAACGAAACAUGCUCCUCAACCAGUUGGACCGUCGGCCCCUGGUAUUAUUCGGCAAGAGAGGAGAGUUGAACGGGCGGAGCCUCCUGCUCCAAAAGUGGCUCCACGCACACCUGUUCAGACUACCGUGAACAUACCCCCCACCACACAACCUGUGCCUAGCUCCAGGCCUCAGCCCUCUGCUCCUACUGCUCCCACUACCACCACGCCGGCGACUCCCAUCACUGCGGUUCCUGCUGCAGCUACUAUUCCCACCCCUGUACAGGAGCCACGUAAGCUCAGCUAUGCCGAGGUGUGCCAACGGCCACCUAAGGACCCUCUGCCUGCGGCCCCUGUCCCAACUUCCACGGGCACCGCGUCGGGCCAGCCGUUACGAGAGUUGCGCGUAAACAAGGCUGAGGAGCCUUGCGCCAGCAGUGGUUCUGGAGACAAGCAAGAGAAAGGCCACGACAGGGAGGGGGGAUGGGAAUGCAAGGAGAGCCGACCAACACGCGAACGUGACUCUCAAGGCUACUACCGCAGCAAUGGCCCGAGAGGCACCGGGGGCCUCAAGUUCCGGGACCAGAGGCGCCCGCCUCCGGCCCAACGCAGCGCCCCACAGGGAGGCUACAGGCACACUGGCAAAGAGCAGAAUAUCCCACCAGUAUCGCCAAAGUAAAAACUUGAUAUGAAUGAAAAAAAAGAUUAUGGAUAUAUAAUUAUAUAAAAAUGAAUAACAUAAAAGCAACAACAUUAUGGUAGCCACCUUUUCCCCCUGGGACUUGUCCAAAGAAAAGCUUUUAAAAAUGACAAUGAGACCGGGACAUCCUGGACAAAUGGGCAAAUUGACACCUGAAGAACUUUGAUGAGUUAUUUGAAAAGGAAACCAAUCUUGUUUUGGCCUCCAGCAUUAUGCUUAAAAGUGCGAUUUAUCUGGAGGCCUUCUCAUUUUUGCUCUGCUAGGGAGAGGUGGGAUGCUGGGCCGCGUAAUCGGCCAUCUACUUUUUAUUUUAUUUUAAAGAGAUGUCUGCAAGAACAAUAUGCACUAAGAAGAAAAUAACAUGCAUAUAUGUCAUGUACAUACAAAGAUAUCACUAACACGCAAUGAGACAUCAGUUUCUUUUUCCUUUUUAUUGUGUGCUUUAGGUUUGCAAGUAUGACUGAAGGGUUGGCUGACGUCUGUGUAUGCAUUGAUUGUUUAGCAACUUGAUUGAAGUGCUCCAGUGUGCUGUUGCAUUGAUGUAAUGGAUGAUUUCUGAUUUCUACAGCAGAGAUUCUGAAUCGGUCCUGAAACCAGACAGUGUGGUCCUCCAAUGUAUAUUAAUGAAAUGUGUUCUAUGGUGGUAUUUCGAUCCUGGUUCAUAAUUGGCUUACAUUGUAUCAAUCGAAUAUCAAACUGUUGAUGUAAGACGCAGUCAGAUGUGUGGUUUUGUCUGAACCAGAUCCACUGGCCUGUUGACCGUGGUGAACCUGCUAGCCUGGUCCAAAGUUUUCAUGUUACGUUUUAUCACCAUUUAGCUGAACCGGUUUGUGUCUAACCACUCUGAUGCAUUCAGACCAUUGUCAUGUUUAUCAGUCAGGUUCUCUGUUUACAUGUUUGAUUUGGUUGUAGAGUGAUGUUUUCCAAGAAGGGAGAGGAGAAGAAAAAAAAUGGUUUAAUAAUAACAUUUGACUGUUCAGUGCACCUGGUAGUUUAGGUGAGGGUUGGCUUUUCUACAUCACAGGAUAUCCAGGUUAAGCUUAUAUCUGUGAAUUGUUCUUAACAAUGGCAUAGUGUCAAAAAUAGACUGGAGUGUGGUUAGCGGAGGAUGAUAGCUACAUGAUAUUUGGCAGGCAAGUCGUUGGUAUAAAGAAAAUUGGAACAUUUUCACGUGCUCUGUGCCAGCUGCCUCUGAUCAUAGUGUGCUAGACUAAAGUUUUGAUUUUUAUUGACACUGUCUGCUAAAUAUUGUAGUCUUGGGGAAACUUUUGGCCCAGUGAAACUGGAUUUUGAAGAAGCUGUAGAGGUGUAGUUGCCUAUGCUAUAGUGUGAUAACCAUUCACUAGAAAAUGUGUGUGGGCGAAUGUAAUUGUUCUAGUACUGAAUUUAAAGAGGCUUUUGACAGCAGGUAUCCACCAGAUUGUUUUGUGCUUGAGUUUUUGUUUUCUUUCUUUUUUUUUAUUUUUGAAAAACAGAUUGACUUAGAAUUUGAAGUUUGACUCGUAUGUAUUGCUUUUUAAAUUGUAUUUAUUUUCAUUCUUAUGCACAACGCUUUUCUCCCAAUCUUGGUAGGCUGGUUUCCCCAAAGUUGUGUGAAAUCGCAUUGGCUUAAUAAAAUCACGCUUAUGACAUUUAUAAACUGUUGGCGAUGUCAGCUGAGCGGCAGUACCUAAUGCAUUGACUUUGGGUUUAGUAAUGCAGUAAAACGAGUAACCGAUCACGGGGGCUGUUGUGUCUUUUCAUUAAUGAGUAUCAGCGGCUAGUGAUUUAGUAUAAAAUAAAUGCACUAACUUGUUUUUCAAAAGAAUCUUAUGAUUUUAAAGUGAAAUAAUUUUAGAAUAUGGUUGCUGUUAACAGGCUUGCAAAUACCUACAGAAAUCCCCCUCCUCUCCCUCCAUAUGUUUGGGUUAUUUUCUAUUAAUUUGGGUUGUGGUGGCAAAAGGAAAUAUAGUAAUGGAUCAACCAAGUGUUUGAGACACAAUCCUAUAACUGUAUGAAAUGUCACCAAAAAUAAAUUAUUUUGAUUUGG